CUUCACAAGUCAUAAGAUUGAAAUUUUCAAUCUUAUUUUCCUAAAACAAUUAAUUUUAAUGUGGUAAAUUAAUUUUGUAUUCUGACAUUACAAAUAUGACAGAAGUUUCACUUUCACCUAAAAUAACAGCAAGUGUUAAAUUCCCGGCAACAUUAUGGGACAUGAUAAACAAAUGCAAAUCGAGCGCGAUUUCGUGGGGGCGUUUUGGAACUUGUGUAAAAAUCAACAAAGGCGCAUUUGAAAAAGAAUAUCUGACUUCGGGUGAAAAGUUUUCAAGUUUUAUUCGCCAACUUAACAUGUACGGUUUUCGCAAACUAAAGAAUCAAAUUAAAUAUGUCGGGAUGCCACCAGAGUUUUGUAAUGAUGAGGUGGAAUAUGAACAUCCACUUUUUGUCAAAUGCCAUCCAGAAUUGCUCCCUUACGUAAGAAGAAAGGCGACGAAAAGAAACGACAAAAAUAGAUCGGCUAGAAGAAACUACCAAACAGAAACAUCGCCAAGGGUGAGCGAGGAUAAUACCGUCUGUACAAAGCUUGUGAGUGACAUGGCAAACAGAAACGAAGAAGAUAAUAGAGAAAAUAAACAAUCCCAGGUCGACAAUGAUUCUUCUACUUCCCAGCUUUCCAAAACAAAUAUAAACGAGAUUUUCCAGGUAGUCAGCCAAACCUUGUCUGAAGAGGUUUUGGCAUUUGGAGGUGGAGCAAGAAUUUCUGGACCAGUGUUUCCGUCGUUCAAUCUCUCAAGUCCAAAACGUAUCUGUUCUCAAAAGUAACAAGAAAGGAUGAGACUUCCUGCAUUUUAUUUUUCUCAUAUGGUUAAUAGAACAUAUUGCUACAUUGCAGUACAGUACAAACAUAGUUUGGGUCUUGACAGAAAUGUAUCACAUACUGUAAUAAAAAUGGUUUUAAAGAUUAUAAUUAAAGGUGCUUGCUGUAGUAUUGGUGUCCAAGUCACUGGGUUCACUGAGAGGGGAAUGAUCAUGUUACAAUCACUGCACUUCAAGCACACCUUCUACUAUUAAGGGCAGAAAAUUUCACACAAAUUGUUUUGUUUGCAUGAUGAUUAUGCAACUUUAAAUGCAUGAAAAAUGCCAAUCAAUUAAGUUGUGAACCUUUACAUUCUAAAAUUAAAAAACGCACACCUCAGGAUCAUCAGAAUUUUAUUCAUAAUAUGUAAAUAUAAUUCAUGUAACCAAACCAUGGAUUUCUUUGGUGAAAAUCACAUGAACAAAGUUUCUGUUACGUAAAAUCUUGAAAUUUGUCCCCUGUACCAAAGUAUUUCCCGAUACCUUAACAAAUAAAUACAAAAUACCUGUAUUUAUUAUCAACAUGGUUCAACGUAACCACGUUAAUAAAAAUCAUACUUGUAAGCACAUGUGCAAUAAUGUAAUUUUGUGAAGUGACGUCAUAACAUGAUGUUACUUCCCCAGUCUUAGCCCAGACUACGCAUGUGAAAUAAGACCUCAUUUCGUCGUUUCCUUCUAGUUGUGGUUGAAAAAGAUAACAAUUAAGGAUUGUCUGUUAUUUCUUUUAUGUUCAUCAGGGUAUGAACAAAAAAAAAUCAUCUGCAAACUAUGAAUCUACGAAGUCGUUCUCACAUAAUUUGGCGUAUGAUUUGUUUUUUUCAUACCCUGAUGAACGUAAAAGAAAUAACAGACAAUACUUAUAAUGAAAUUUGAAACAUACUUACUAAUCAUUACAUUAAAAGUUCUUUUUUUUUUUUUUUUUUUUUU